CUGUCCCAGGCCCCAGUCGCAACCAGCACUCGCCUGCUUCUUGUCUGCGCGAGCCUACGCAGCUCCUCAGGUGCUUCAGCAGUGCAGCAGCAAGUAUGGCGGGUGUGGAGCAGCACGAGGGCACCAUCCAGGUUCAGGGUCAGACCCUCUUCUUCCGAGAGGCUCGGCCAGGCGGUGGACAGGCUGCCCGCUUCUCAGUUCUGCUGUUGCAUGGUAUCCGCUUCUCCUCCGAGACCUGGCAGAACCUGGGCACGCUGCACAGGCUGGCUCAUACUGGCUACCGGGCUGUGGCUAUUGACCUGCCAGGUCUGGGGCGCUCCAAGGAAGCAGCAGCCCCCGCCCCUAUUGGAGAGCUGGUCUCCGGCAGCUUCCUUGCAGCUGUGGUAGAUGCCUUGGAACUGGGCCCCCCAGUUGUGAUCAGCCCAUCGUUGAGUGGCAUGUACUCCCUGCCCUUCCUCACGGCCCCUGGCUCCCAGCUUCGGGGCUAUGUGCCAGUGGCCCCCAUCUGCACUGACAAAAUCAAUGCUGCUGACUAUGCCAGUGUGAAGACCUCAACUCUUAUUGUAUAUGGAGACCAGGACCCCAUGGGUCUGACCAGCUUUGAGCACCUGAAGCAGCUGCCCAACCACCGGGUGUUGGUUAUGAAGGGGGCAGGGCACCCCUGUUACCUUGACAAACCUGAGGAGUGGCACACAGGGCUGCUGGAUUUCCUGCAGGGGCUAGCAUGAGACCCAGACCUGCUGAUGGGGGUGGCUACUGGCCUGCCUUGGGCUCUCUCUGUCUCCUUCCUCCCUCCAUGGGUUUCUGCUCAUCAUGUACAUGCAACAGGUGUAUCUCUGUCCAUCUGGGUUCUUAUCUUUGGGGUCUAUCUUUUCCUCUUCCUCUUUCUCUUGCAGUGACAGACUAUGGAGCUGCAAUCAAGAAGAAAAGCCCCAAGAAUCAAGAGACAUAAUCUGGUGGAGGGUAAUCCAUUGGGCUUCUCUUAUAGGUUUUCCUGUUUGCUUGCACCCCUUUCUCUGCCCUUUUCAGCCUCGCCUUCCUGCCUCCAAGUUCUCCCUUUGGCUCUCCUAUGGGACACUCACACCCCCUUCCCCUGCCUCUUAGACUACAGAUACAUCCAUGCCCACGUGCAUGCUUACACAUUUAGAGCCAUCUAUGUUCCCAGAUAUGGCCCUUCACUUGGUACAGGCAACUCUGGGCUAACAUGCACAUUGUCACCUGCAGCUUUGCACUGGAUGCACUCACAUACAUGCAUUCUUGUGCCUCCACACAUGCCCCCUCCCAACCAUGCAGCACCGACUGUCCAGGAAGAUGGGGACCCAAUGGGCCAGCCCUAGCAGGAGGCCCUCUGCCAGGCUUAGGAGUAGCCAGCCUUGAACUUCAUUCACCCACAUGAUGCAGCUGGCCCCAGACCAGAAUUGUCCCCCACCCCCCAAAGGCGACAUCCUUUCCACCCUCAGAUCUCUCUGCCCUCCGCUCCUCGCUUUCUGGGUGCUCCACACCUCCCCAGGUUGUUAGGCCUGCAUCUGCUCAGCCAAGCUUGUUUCCUGCUCUGGGGUUUGGGGGUUGGGGAGGUAGAGAAUGGAGGUCGAUGAAAUAAAGUGAUGCAAUUAGA